CUGUGCCACUCUGUUCAAUAUCAUAGGACUUCAGGUUGGCAAUCAAUAAACUUAUUUCUAACAUCCCCUGUAAACAUUUUACUGGCAACCAUAAAAGUACUUAUUUUUGUCAUGUUUUGAUUUCGGAGGGAAGGUCAGAAAAAUAUUUUUAUGCUCCCUUCUAUUAGUAUCAUAUCAGUGUCAUAUUAGUGUCAUAUCAGUGUCAUAAAAACGUAGCAAAAUUUCACAGUUUAAAUUUUGAGCUUUUUUUUUUGUUAUAAUCUUCAUAACUUGACAAUUGUUCUCCACCAAAACAGACUUUGUGUUUCCGAGGUAACAGUGAACUGCGAUCUCUCCCUACAUCAGUGAGAAAUUUGAUUUGUCUACAAAAGUUAGACCUGAGCCACUGUAAUCUUCGUCAAAUUCCGACAACAAUCGGCAAUUGCACAUUCCUCAGGAUCUUCAUGAUAUCAUAUAACAGGUUCUGUAAAGCCUUCUUUGAACUGGAUGUAUCCGUGUUCUUUAAAGACUUUUUCAUCUAGAUGUUUAGUCCCUACAUGUCCUUUAAUGCCUUUUUUCAAAUGGAUUUUUAGCACCUAUUAUACUAGGUGCUACUAGUGUCUAUUGGCAAUGUUCCACAUGUGAAUACAAUUUACUCAUUCAUUGUGAGCCAGAUUUUAACCAGUCUUGUCUCCAAAAAUUAUUUUGUUUUAAAUUUAAAUACGAAUUUCAGGAUGCAACUGUAUUAAUGAGAACAUAACAAAUAGCCAACUUAAAUGUUUAAUAGUUUUUGCAAGACAAUCUUAAAUGUUUAUUUCUCUUCCAGAUUGAGUCACCUCCCUUGUGAGAUCUCCCAAUGCUACAGACUAGAACAGUUGGAUGUCAGUGGUAACCAGCUGACUUACCUCCCUGCAACACUUCUCUUCAGACAAGGGCAGCUAGCCAUUAAAAGUGAGCAGUUCUCCUUCAAUUAUCUCUCACCCCAUUCAUUUCUCAUGACACUGCUCGCCUCAUUUCUUGAAUUGAGUCGGCCAGCUGUUUUUGCCUCCCCCUCCCACCUCCUUCUCCUAUUUUACCUGUGUAAGCUGUAAAGAAUGUCAUAUAAUCUACACCAUGUUUUAAAAAAAGAACUUUGUGACAGUAUAAAGCAGUAUAAGUACAAUCAAUGUUGAUAAAGAAUUAAUUAGUUAUCAUCUAGCCAAAGGUAGACGCGUGUCUCGUUUAGCUGCGUAAAUGUGUGUGUCAAAAGAGACCUCAUCAUAAACAUUCAGUGUCCAUUGUUUAUUGCAUCUCCAGCUUUAGGAAAUGAUUUCAUUCAUAAGGAGGAUGUUCCCAGGCAGUGGCCUGCACUGUCCAGUAUUAUUUCAAAUGGUCAGAAUCAGCCCCCUUCUCUCUGGCUCCUGUCCAGGGCAUCAGUGGACAGAUGGGGAUUGGACACUGGUCAACUGCCUUUACCAAUACAAGGUAUGCAGAGUCCCCUCUUACAACGUUUUUUUACAAAAAUAUUUGCGUCCGAUCUGUACUCCCCAUUUAUCACCAUCUUUAAUUAUCACCAUCUUUAAUUAGGAAUAUUUUAAUAAAUUCAUUUUUAUUCAAUACAUUUAACUUAAAAAUAAUUUAGUUGUUAUUGAGGUUUUAAAAAGUUCAAUUAAGUUGUUUUUUUAAUUUUAGCAGUCAAUUUUUUUUUUUUACUUCAUUUUUCUCUACAAACAUAAAUGUAAUCGUGACAAAAUGUCAGUCUAAAAAUACAAUAUAUAUAUAUAAUAAUUUAUUAUAAGCUUUAUCCGUGAAAAAAUAUUAUUAAUAGUAAAUUUAACAUUUCUAUAAAAGAAUUUUUUUUUUUGCAUUAUUUAAAAAAAAUAAAUGUAAUCGUGACAAAAUUUCAGUCUAAAAAUACAAUAUAUAUAUAUAAUAAUUUAUUAUAAGCUUUAUCCGUGAAAAAAUAUUAUUAAUAGUAAAUUUAACAUUUCUAUAAAAGAAUUUUUUUUUUUGCAUUAUUUUAAAAAAAAAAGAUUUCUCAAAAUAAUUUUUAGAACUUUAAACUAAAAAUUAGAAUUGCCUAAUUUCAGAAGAACUCUCCAAUGCCUCCAGUUGUUUCCAUUGUGGAAAGAAAAACAUCACAAGCAGUGUCGGUCUGGUCAGAUUUUCACAGUUCAAUCAAAAACCACUGCCCCAGGGCAGCUCAGGUGAAGACGAGUACCCAUUUCUAUACACGUUCUGCUCUAUGCACUUACAGAGUUGUACACAGGACACACUGGAACAACGGGUUGACCACCUUUCACAACCUCUGUAAGACACAAGGCACGGUUGCACUUCAAAACUGUCAAGCCUGGUCCUUGUCAAAUGAGAAUUUCUCUCUGUCUAAAAAAAGCAUAUUUUUUUGUUGAAUGAGGUCAAGGUCUCAGUUAUGUGAUUCUCAUAAUGGUUAUUACAAUUAUUCCAUCGUGCACAGGAAGAAUCAGAUCCUCUCAAACUAAUGCACAAAAGUUUCCUGCGAUGGAGCCAGUAUUCGGUGUUUUACCAGUGUCCAUUGUAUUCAAAAGCUGUAUUUUCUCCUAAUCAAGUGAAUGCCAAUGCAGAGUUGAUCUUUAUUUACAACAUAUUUACAAUGCAACAUUGACAUAGUGAGAUACUCAUAUCACAUAGACAUAAUGUGAUACUCAUCUCACAUAGACAUAAUGUGAUACUCAUCUCAUAAAUUAUGUUGAAGUUGUGGUAUUUACUGUGUAAUGCAUUAAACAUUAUAUAUGAAAAUAGAAUUGAAGGAGGGGGGAGGUAUCCUCAGCGGGUCAUUCUCAUGGCAUGUGAGUAUUUAACUAUCCGUCUAUAUUGUACUUCACUUUGUUUCUCGUAAGUUAUAUCAUAUAUGAUUGUUAGAUAAAUGCAGAGAUUUUUUUUGGGGGGUAAAAUGUGACCAGGGAAAGCACUACUAAAUUGAAAAUGUUGUGCACCCACAGACAGUGCAUCAAACAUUGGUACCUGUGUGGCUAGAUAAUGGUGGUAUGCACUCACGCUGGGGGGGGGCUUACACAAAAAUUCAUCAACCAUUUGGAAAGUUGUGAAAUAAUUGACAACAUGACAGAAGGUGUAGACUAGGGUACCAGAAGUUGUUAGCAUUUUUCAUUAAUUUAUCUGACUAUGGAACUCUUUCACCGGGUUUUUGAUUCAGAGUUACACAGGGGUCGUCUAAGACCACCAGAAAACACAUAGUUAUGAAUUAGCAACGAAAAUAAUUUUAUGGUUGGGGGUCACCUCAACAUGAGGAAAGGGCAUUAGGAAGGUUGAGAACCACUGUCUUAGAUAAAUUGCCAACCAAAGUUAACCGGAGAUGUUUCUGCUUGACUUGGGUUUUGGAGGGGAUGAAAUCCUGACCACACGCUACGGAUUGAGUCAUUUAAUUAGCUGGUAUCAGCUUGCCUAGAAGAAAACAUCCAUUAACUGUAGCUUUCUGAUAGGGACCUUAGAGGGUCCUCAAGAAAACCUGUUACGCCAAUGUUGGAGUUGCACCGUCAAGAGCACAAUGGCUUUAACCAGCCCCCCUGCUUUGUAGGCUGGAAGACCAGAAUCGGGCGAGGCGGCCAGCUCCAGGUGUGCCAAUGAUCUUCAUGCACAAAGUGAAAUCCUGCAUAUAUUAAGUUGGUGUAAGUCUUAUGGAUAAUGAAUUUUUGAGAAGCAUCAAAUUGUACAACCUUCUGCCCUAGGAUCUAAAGUUGCAGUAAGUCUUGUUUUGAAUCUUGGACAAAACUUUUAAGUUAAAAACAUUUUAGUUUGGUUUAUAGUUUGACAGCUUGUGUUUGACAGCUAAGCUGUUUGACAGCUUGUGUUUGACAGCUAAGCUGU